CGGACUCAUUCCCAGCAUCCCCAUUAGACUCUAUAGGUGUCCAGUGUGGAGUACUAAAAGGAGUAUUCUACAGAGGAGGCAAACAUCUCAGCUCUAGUGAUGGUCCCUCCAAAAGUGACCUUGCCUUUAAGCCUCCAGGCCCUGGAAAGCAGGAAUCCAUCCUAAGAGGAGAAACAUUUGCUCCGCCUUGUCAGGAAUCCACCCUUCCUCAAGAGAGGAGCACAGAGUAGGAAGGAAUGAGUGCAGGACUGCUUAUGACCAGGUCACAGGCAUCAUUGACAUUUAAGGAUGUAGCUGUGGUCUUCACCAAGGAAGAGUGGGGGCAAUUGGACUAUGGCCAGAAGCACCUCUACAGGGAAGUGAUGCUGGAAAAUUAUAAGAACCUGGUCUCGUUGGGGCAUAAAGGGUCCAAACCAGAUGUGAUCUCCAAGUUGGAACAUGAAAGAGAUCCAUGGAAGGUAGAGAAAGAAAUCACAAGAUGUACCUGCCCAGAAUGGUAUAACAGACAUGAAGUCAAGGAGCCAUUUUCAAAACAGGGCAUUUCUGAAGAGGAAUCCUCCAAAGGGUCCACAGUGGAAAGAUUUACAAAGGGUGGCAUCUUGUACCCUAAGCUAGGAGAAGUCUGGAAACUCAAUGACCAAUUUGGGAUGCAGAGACACCUGCAACAAAUGACUGUUUCCCAAAAGACAAUGUUCCAUGGAAAGACAGGUCCUGAGUGUAAUGAAUUUAGUCUGAGCUCAAACCUUGUUACAAAAUGGGAUGGUUUUACAAGAGAGAGUUGGUAUAAAUGUGAUAUGUGUGGGAAAAUCUUAAUAUGUAAAACCCACCUAAUUAGACACCAGAAACUGUGUGUAGGAGAAAAAUCCUAUGAUAAUAAUGAAUGUGCAAAAAUUUUUAAUGAGGGUUCAUUCUGUAGGCAGCAUCAGAGGGUUCCUGCUGGUGAGAAGUACUUUAAAUAUGAAAGUGGGGAAGCUUUUCAACUGCAUGAAAACUUUACUCAAUAUAAGAAAAUCCAUACUGGCAAGAAACUCUCUGAAUGUACUGAAUGUGGGAAGGCAUUCAGAAUGCAUGGACAGCUUAGUCAAAAUAUGAUAGGAAAUAUUGAAAGCAGGAAAGCUUUCAAUAAGAGUGAAUUCCUUUUACAACAUCAAAGGAUCUAUACUGGAGAGAAUUCUUAUAAAUGUAAUAAUUGUGGGAAAGCUUUCAGUAAGGGUGCAGUCCUUAGGCAGUGUCAAAGAAACCAUGAUGGAGAGAAAUCCUAUAAGUGUAAUGAAUGUGGGAAAGACGUCAGUAAAGGUACGCUCCUUAGGCAACAUCAGAGAAUCCAUACAGGAGAGAAACCCUAUAAAUGUAAUGACUGUGGGAAAGCCUUCAGUAAGGGUGCACUACUUAAGCAACAUCAAAAAAUCCAUAGUGGAGAGAAACCUUACAAAUGUAAUGAAUGUGGAAAAGCCUUCAGACUGUGUGGACAUCUCACUCAACAUAAGAGAAUUCAUACUGGAGAGAAACCCUACAAAUGUUAUGAAUGUGGGAAAGCUUUUCGUCAGAGUACAGACUGUACACAGCAUCAGAGAAUUCAUACAGGAGAGAAGCCCUUUAAGUGUACUGAUUGUGGGAAAGGUUUCAGCAAGGGUGCACUGCUUAUACAGCAUCAGAGAGUCCAUACAGGAGAGAAACCUUAUAAAUGUAAUGAAUGUGGGAAAGCCUUCAGCCUGCAUGUAAACCUUACUCGACAUCAGAGAAUCCAUACUGGAGAGAAGCCCUAUAAAUGUAAUCAGUGUGGGAGUCUCUUCAGGCACAGCUCAGCCCUGGUCAGGCAUCAGAGACUUCACAAAGGAAAGUAAUACUGGUUUUAAUGACUUCAAGAAAGCUUAUGUCAUUCUUUAUUCAAAUACCUUAUGAUUUUGAUAUUACAGUUUGUCAUCAGUUGAGAUUUGGGGGGAGAGUGUUUGAGUGAGAAAUAUGCUUCUUUUCACAUCCUACUUCAGCUGUAUUUUAUUUUUCCCUGUAACACAUACCAGUUCUGAUAAAAAUUACAUUUGUUAACUUCAAAACAAUCUUCUGUUCAAUUUGCCUAAUGAUUAAUUUAUC